GAAAAGGCACGGACGUGUUUUUCUUUUUGCUACGGUUACUAAACUCUUGUUUUCUUUUUUUCAGCUUCUUCCGACCCCCUUCAGAAGAAAGGGCUUAACUUAGGUACUGAUGGACUUGGAGCGGAAGGAUACCGAUGACUUAAGAUACAAUGUAUUGCAAUUGCUAAUCAAUCACCCAAAUGGUCUCAAAUUUGGGGACUUCAGUGCAGCUUUUUAUCAGAUCCAUAAUUUUCAUCCCAAAUUCUCUCGUUACGGGUAUUGUUCACUCAGACAAUUGCUCGACCACAUGAAAGAAACUGUAGUUGUAGAAGGCAAAAGAUCAUGUGGCUCAGUAAUGAAGCUAGUAAGUGGUUUAAAUCUUGAUGGCUUGCUAGAUGAAAUAGAAAACAGUGGACUGGACAGUUUUGAAGAGGAAGAUUCAAGAUUGAAGAAGGAAGAAGGAAGAGAAAGAGGGGAAGAUACAGCUGCAGCAGCAGCAGAUCUGGCUGAAGUCUUAGCAGCAAUUACCAAUCUUCUAAUAGAAUAUGAGUCGGGUUUGAAGUUUGAGAAAAUCCAAACACUAUUGCUCUCCACAAUUGGAAUUGAUCUACAGGCAUUUAUCAUCACCAAAGGCUAUAAGGAUAUCCUAACCUUUUUGGGUGACCAGAUACCUAAGCUAAUCAUCAGACAUCGAGAGAACCUUCACAGAUGUGUUGUCCAACUCUCUGAAGAUUUAACAGUUGUAUCAGUGCCAAUUUGUGACAUCUUGAAAUUAUAUCCUGAUGGCUUGAAGUUGUCAAAAUUAAAAGAGGCGGUGAAGAAGAAAUGUGGAUAUGACCUGGAAGUAUUUUGUUAUCAGGUUGGCUUUUGCGACAUACUUUCAUGCCUCCAGGAGAUUCCUAAGCUGAUAAUAAACAGGAAUAAAAGCAGGAAUUGUAGGAUUCAACUUAAGCCAGGUUACUCAAGCUGCUCUUCAUCCCGAUCCAGCCAUUCUCCUGAUUCAGAACAGCCUAUCUGCACAUCAAAGAAAGUAAAGCAAGCUGCAUCUGAAAAGAAGCCUGUUCCCUUCAGCUGCUCUUCAUACCAAUCCAGCUAUUCCUCCAGUCCUGGCUCAGAUCAAUCUACUGGCACAUCAAACAAUUCAAACGAAGAUGAAUCUGAAAAGAUGCCUGACUUAGAAGACAACUCUAAACCUGCUUCCACCCUCAGUGAUCCCUCUGCAAGUGACUCUGAGUGUCAGAAUGAACCUACUUCAAUUGCUGUAGUCCCUCCUGAAGUAAACUUGUUUCAUACCAACCAGUCUUAUCCAAAUACCAUGUCCUCAAACUUACAUGAGUCCCACAAUACUUUAUCAGUCAAAGCCAAGAGUUCUUCUUUUUCUUCUAUUCCGUCACAGCAGCCAAACCCACGCCAGCCCAGUGCAAAAUCAGUCACUGAAGAGACACCUGGCAGUUCACAAGUGCCCAUAUUCCAACCUUCAACUGCUCUGGAUGAACUGAAGCAACAGGUGGCCCAGAUUAUGGCCAAGUAUCCAAGGGGCAUAUCUCUAUUCCAGUUCCGGAUUGUCUAUAGUGCUACCUUUAAACAACAUUUUCCAGUGGGGAAUGCCUCUUCUACCAAACAACGUCUUCUCGAGAUGCCGGACACUGUUUAUAUGAAGGGUCAUGGAGUUCAGACGUUACUGUUGCCCGUAUCCCCUGACGUGUCACUUGCAAAACCAGGUCAGCCUGCCUCUUCCAAAGUUGAGAAUGUUGCAGUGGUAUGUAAUCUUUCAUUGGUCAAUCCUGAACCUGUGACUAAACCUGCUGUAAAAACCUUUGAUUCCCAUCCCGUUUCGACAUCACCUUUAAUCCCUCCUGAAAAGCCAGGAAGCAAGGAUUGCUGCAGCUCUAAGGACCUAUCCCUAAAUAUGCUUCUGGCCCCAUGCCAAGAACAAAAGAAGGCCAGAACAAGCUUGCCAGGCUUUUCGGAUCAGCUUGAUUUGUCAAAAGUAGAAGACAUUCCAGUGCUUCCUGGUCGUUCCUUGCCUAAGGAUGAAUCGUUGAUCAUUCCACAGUCUUUCCUGAUGCCUGUUGUUCCCAGGGCUGCCAUGAUGCCUGUACCUAAGUCCCCUCAUUCCUUCUUGCAAUAUUAUCAGUCCGUCAGAGUUGUAGAAAAUAAGGGGAAUAAGCCAUUCACUGAACUUCACACCCAGAGUACCCCAGGUUCCAUUAAAGUGAUGGAAAUGAACAAAUCUUGUUUGAAUGGUCCCGAUCCCAAGCUAGGAGAGAUCUCCUUCAUUCCACGUUGCUUUGCAGCUUUACCUGCAUAUUUUCAAGGCACAGAAUGUAGUGAGAAUUUGCAGCCAGGUAUUCUUAAACCCAGAUUUGCAACUCCCACUAAGUCAAAGAUUUCUGACACUGUUCCAUCAGUUGACUCAACACCAGUUCCCUCAGUUUUAGUAAAACCUGAAAUUCACCCUCCAGGAGGUGCAUCACAGAGCUCCAAUAGUAUUCAGCCUAUGCUUUCAGUACAACCACCACCUCCCAUCCUAAGUACAGCACAAAGGAAUUAUAAUCAUGCUAUUUCAGAAUUUGAUUCCUUCUCUGAAGCACAAAAACAAUCCAGAGCUUUGCAGCAUUUCUCGAGUCCUGACUCUUCUGCAAAGAGGAGUUCUGCUUCUUCAUUGCCUAGAAAUUCCGCAAGCUGCUUUCCUUCCAGAUCCCAACUAAACCACCAAUUACAACAGCCUGCCCAUGCAAGACUAGAUGAUCUGCAAUCCACUUCUGUUUCUUUAGCAGAUAAGAACCUCAGAAAAGCCUCUUUGGACAGCGUAUCUCCUGUAGCAGUGUAUCCAAGAAAACCCACUUAUGUGAAUCCUCUUGAAACCAGUUCAACCACAGAAUCAUCCAUUGCCUGUUCAGUCAGUGGAUCCUUGCACACUUCAUCUGUGAUCAAUAAUUCCAGGGCUUCGUCAUCUGUAUCCUCAAGGACAACAGCAGUAAGUCCAGCUUCUUGUCUGUUAGACUCUACUGCCAACUCAUAUGAUCAAAUUGCCUAUGCUUCUGCUAAGAUCACCAGUAAUUCCACUCCUUUGUUUUCUGAGACUCAAGCUUCCACUCAGCAGAGACAAUCUUCCAGGGCAGCUAGUACUGUAAUCUCAAACACAAAAACAACAAGCCCCACUUCCUGGUCACCAGAAUCCAACAUCUGUUCACACCAUCAGUUUGCAUAUGCUUCCAGCAGGAUCACCACUAAUUCCAGUAACCUAUCUUCUGAGACUUAUGCUUUCACAUAUCAGGGACCGAGCACACAAGCAAGCGAGACUAUAAUUUCCUCGAGUACAAAAACGGCGAGCUCCAUUUCUUCUCCUCUAGAUUCUACCACUAGCAUACCUUGCCAGCAUGCCUAUGCUUCUGCCAAGGCCACCAGUACUUCUAGUAUUUUGUCAAAGUCCAGUGCCUAUCAAACUCCAAAUACUGAUUUCAAGGCUAGUUUAAGUCAUCCUCCUCCUACUCAGAAUAAUCUCACAUCCUCACUUUCUAAACAGGGGGACCAGUCUGCCUCUUUGCAAGAAGAGCAGGUUACUCACGUCUCCAGAAUCUAUGAUGGAUGUCUCAUCCUAUAAUAGGCUAUCCUUCAAAUGGUCCAUGU